AUGCCUGCAAGCCUGUCUGUUCGUUUAUCCAUCAAUCUGUCUAUCCAUCUUAAGUCCCUUAAUCUAUCAGUCCGUUCGUCGUCUGUCUGUCUUCCUAUUUAUCGUUGUAUUCCAACAGGACUCCGAUUCUUGAAGCCUCACGUCUCGGGUCAGCUGAUUAAAAAUAUUAUUGAAAUAUUUGACAAUUUCCACAUCAAUCACUUCCGGGGUCGCGAAGGCAUCGCCGUCCUGUCCGGAGAAGAAGAAGCAGCCUACUCCUGGGUGGCGGCCAAUUACCUUCUGGGAAAAUUUGCUCGAAACAGAACGGACUGGGAGACUGUGGGGUUGUUAGAGAUGGGCGGAGGCUCCACCCAGAUCGCAUUUGUUCCCAAACAACCAAUUUACAGUGGGGAAUUCCAGAUCAACAUAAACGGAAGGCCGUAUGACCUAUACGUGCACAGUUAUCUCCAGUUUGGCAUCAAUGCUGUUCAGGUUUGGGUGGCCAAGGUUCUCUCUCAGUUGUACCCCGACAGCCAUAUCCUUGGGAACCCAUGCAUGCUUAAAGGCGAUGUCAAGGAGAUAGAGGUAGAAAAUAAGCAGACACUUCUUCUGCAUGGAACCAGUGACCCAGAGGGAUGUAAGAGAAUUUUCAAGCAAAUUCUAGCUCCAGAGAAGGGACUUAAGUGUGAGCCAAAACCGUGCGCUGUUGGAAAUGUCUAUCAGCCGAGUGUUGACGACAUCAAAUUCUACGCCAUCCAAGGGUUCACACUUGCUCCCAAGGCAUUUAAUGUGUUAGGACCUGAUCAAAUCUUGGAUAUAGACCUUCUAGAACAAGAGGCGUUUAAAUAUUGCCGCAAAAACUUGUCUGAAGCAGUCCAGGCAGGCAUAGAUGAGAGUGUGGCCUCCACAACCUGCCUGAUGGGAAUAUACACUCCCAGCUCUGCUGACUUUCUCGUAUGA